AUGUAUUUGAAAAAGCUGCUGAACAAAGAUGCCAGCGUUAUAUCUGAAGAAGCAUCUCUCAUGGUUACAGAAUGCACUUACAUGUGGAAAAGCUAUAAUGGUAAAAUACGUCUUGUUUGCAAAAGACUUGAAACUUAUUGUUUAAGAAGUGAGUUUAUAGAUAAUUCGCUUUUAAAGACUGCUUCACAUGUAGAUGAAAGAACUAUAAAGAAUAUUUUUGAGAAAAUAUAUUUACAAUAUGGCGUUUUUAUUGAAGCUCCUAUAUUAGAUAUAGAAAAUUCCAUGGAUUCUUCUAUAAGUUUUAUGCUUCAAAGUGGUGAACUCAGUCCAACCACAGAGUCAUGUCUUUCAGUCAUGACUAUUUAUUUCACUUCAAUGAUCCAUUUCUGA